AUGUUCACCACCGAUAGAAGUCGUGACUUUGGUAACUGGUGUGUAAUGCUUGGCCGUGGCAUCUUGGCCCUUAUUGAUAUAAACUAUCGUUCUUCAAAGUUAUCUGCACCAAAGAAAAGAUACACUCCGAAAAUGCCAAGUUUAAAAAAAUCCGGCGUAUCUUUACUCGAUUUAUCAAAUCGUCUUGUCAAUAAAUUCUCUGGACCUCCUUCAAUUUCAGAGGUUUAUAAAGGUUCAAAGGACAUGACUAAAGAUUGUUAUCGUCCACAAAUUCCAUCCGCACUUAAUCCAAACAGACAAUCUGAACGAAAAAAUGUAAACAGUUUUCCAAGUAAAAGACAUUAUUAUUCAGCUUCAACAAAACAAAAACGUAGUAUGUCCGUUAAGUUGAUAAAUUCUACUGCCGCCAAUCGCGUCAUUAUUAAACAAAAAACAAAGUUUCCCUCAUUAACAAUAAACCGAACUGAAAAUCGAACCAAUGAAAUAAUGGAUUCUUCUGAAUGUAUUGCCAUUAAAAACUUCCCUUCAAUUGUUUCAAUUGAUGAAGUAAAUGAUAAAAAUGUGAAACUUUAUGAAGAUCGACCAACAAUUCAUCAACCAAAACGUCGUCUUAAUAACAACAAAUCUCCAUCUGCAUCUUUACUAUUGGCUAGAAGAUAUUUAUGUAAAAUGUUGAACGUUAAAAACAACAAAAAUACCAUAUGA